CCCAGCGACGCAGGCCUGGCCCGCUUUGUUUUAACCCUUCGCCUCCUGCGCUUUAUUCGGAUCCUCUCCCCCCUCCCCCAAAGCGGGUUGGCCAGAAAAGCUGCAGAGCCGCCCGGCACCCUGAUUUGCCCGGGGGCGAGUGGCGUAAAAAGUAGCAACAGCAGCGAGAGCGACUGAACGCUCCUCCCCCUUCCCCAGCCUGGCGGCGGCGGCGGCAGCAACGGCAGCGACAGAACAAGGAGGGCGCAGAGCGCAGACAUGGCGGCUAACAUGUAUCGAGUGGGAGAUUAUGUUUAUUUUGAAAAUUCUUCAAGCAAUCCAUAUCUUAUCAGGCGAAUAGAAGAACUUAACAAGACUGCCAGUGGUAAUGUGGAAGCAAAAGUAGUAUGUUUUUACAGACGACGAGACAUCUCCAAUAGCCUCAUUAUGCUUGCAGACAAACAUGCAAAAGAAGUUGAGGAAGAAUCUGAAAUUCCCAAAGAAAUAGAUCUGACCGAUAAACAGAAGCACCAAUUGAAGCACAGAGAAUUAUUUCUGUCUCGUCAGUAUGAGUCCCUGCCUGCAACACACAUUCGGGGAAAAUGCAGCGUUGCCCUUCUGAAUGAGACAGAGUCUGUAUUGUCGUAUCUUGCCAAAGAGGAUACUUUCUUUUAUUCUCUGGUGUAUGACCCAUCAUUGAAAACACUUCUGGCAGACAAAGGUGAAAUCAGAGUUGGACCCAGGUAUCAAGCUGAUGUACCAGAUAUUCUCUCAGAAGGAGAAACAGAUGACAGGGAACAGGCAAAACUUGAAGUAAAAGUUUGGGAUCCAGAUAGCCACCUCACUGAUCAUCAGAUUGACCAAUUUUUAGUGGUAGCACGUGCUGUUGGUACUUUUGCACGAGCUCUAGACUGCAGUAGUUCUGUAAGGCAACCUAGUUUACACAUGAGUGCAGCUGCUGCUUCCCGGGAUAUCACUUUGUUUCAUGCAAUGGAUACAUUACAUAAGCACAACUAUGACCUGAGCAGUGCCAUUAGUGUUUUGGUUCCCCUUGGAGGUCCUGUUCUUUGUAGAGAUGAAAUGGAAGAAUGGUCGGCAUCAGAGGCUAGUUUGUUUGAAGAAGCCCUAGAGAAAUAUGGUAAAGACUUCAAUGACAUACGACAAGAUUUUCUUCCUUGGAAAUCUCUGACUAGCAUCAUUGAAUAUUAUUAUAUGUGGAAAACCACAGAUAGAUAUAUUCAGCAGAAACGUCUAAAAGCUGCUGAAGCAGAGAGUAAACUCAAGCAAGUUUACAUACCAACUUACAACAAACCGAAUCCCAGUCAGAUAUCCAGCAAUAAUGGAAAACCAGGCGCCAUGAAUGGGGCAGUUGGAGCACCACACCAGACUCAGAACUCACUAAUAGGCCGUGCUUGUGAAAGUUGCUACAUUACACAGUCGCAUCAAUGGUAUUCCUGGGGUCCACCCAACAUGCAGUGUAGAUUAUGUGCACCAUGUUGGAUUUAUUGGAAAAAAUAUGGUGGUCUUAAAAUGCCAACUCUAACAAAUGAAGAUAGAUUUUCACCCAAUCAAACCACAGAGGAUUCGUGUGUCCGAACACAUAUGUCACGACAAGCAACUCAGGGCAUACCAGUCCGGAACACUGGUAGUCCAAAAUCUGCAGUGAAGACACGUCAAUCUUUCUUUCUUCAUACUACAUAUUUGACUAAACUUGCCCGCCAGGUUUGCAGAAAUACCUUACAACUGAAGCGAGCUGCAAGAAGACCUUUUGCCCUUAUUAACUGUGCUGCCAUUAGGGCAGAAUAUGCUGAUAGACACUGUGAAUUUAUUGGGAACCCUUUGAAGAUUAAAAGCACCAGGAAAUCAUUAUCAUGUAUCAUUGGAUACUUAGAGAUUCAUCCUGCAAUGAAGCCUAAUAUAAUCAAGUCAACACCAAGCCUUCAGAGCUCAACGUCAAAGCGACUACUUGCUCCUCCUGGUCAUUCGUCAUUAAGUAUUUUGGGAAAGAGAAAUUAUAGUCAUUAUCACAAUGGCCUGGAUGGGCUCUCCAGUUAUGCACAUGGAACUAAAAUGCAAGCGGCACAUGAUUUCUAUACAACUAAUGGCAAAACUCUACAAGUCGGCACAAAUGACCUUAUGCCAAGUGUUAUGCCAUUGCUCAAGAGACAGAGACAGAAUUGGCUCAAUGCUCCUGAUGAUGGUUUCUUUAUUGCUACAGAAGAGACCAGAAAACGUCGUAAGCAGUUUACGCGAUCACAGCUGAAAAGAGCUUGUAGAAUGCCGUGCACUUUAAUUCUGAGGAAGGCAAAGUCCCUUAUGACUCACAAAGAGACUCAAGAGAAUUUGAGCAGUCAUUCACAGAUGAAGACACAACAGUGAAACUUCCUCUUUUGUGGUUAUUUUAAAAAGCUCCGCCAUCCAACCCCCCCCCCCCCUCCAUAAUGAAACAAUUUUGGAAGCUGGGCAGAAGCCUGUUGUUUUCCGGGCAAGUCUGGGGCUUAUUUUACUAAGGAAGAAAACUCAGAUUGGAGUCUUGCCCUAAAUGCAAAAACAACUUUGCGAUCAAGCAAACAAGGAUAUUGAAUGAUUUACCUAAAUGUCUCUUCAGUGCGCUAAUAAUUGCAGCCUCUUUUCAUUGCUGAAGAAACAGAAAAUGCCUUUUUUUCAGGCAGAUUCAGAAAAUCUACUGGUUACUGAUGAACUUUCUUCUGCCAAGACUCAUCUCAUAGUGAUAAUACAUUUUGUGUAUUCAGAGAAGUGCUGCCUUUUAAAGGUCUGCAUAUAUUGCACUAGCCCAUCCUAACUUUGGAGCUAUGUCUGUUGAAGCACAAUUGCCAAAUUGCAUUGCCUAAUCUUUAUUUUAAGGUGCUGUCCUUGAGACAUAGCAGUUUCAUCAAUGCAGAGAAUCUAAUCUAUUACUGAAGUGGAGAGGGGGGGAAAAAGGAGCAAAGCUGUCUGAAAAUCAGCAUAUAUGGUCUGAAUUAUACAUCCAAACAUCAUCAGUAAAGAUCUCUAAAAGUUAUUUUUCUGUUAUAUCCUGAACAGGAGCAAUGCUUCACUGUGUUUUUUAUGGAUAGCAACUGCUAGGGCUGAGAGUUAUUUCUUUAAUGGAACUUUAACUCUCUGUCUAUCAUUAUUUAUAGAAACAGAUGCAUAAUUUAGUGGUCCUCUCCAGUAGCUCAGAUAAACAAGGUUCCCCCUGGAUAGUUGAUGGGAAGUGGCUUUGAAAAAUAAAUUGUAAUUGCCUAGGUUGGAGAAAGACAUACAUCUCAACGGACUCUCGACCUAAAGCAAAGCAGACCCUGCCUCCACUCAGCUCCACCUAAGAUUUUUUCCACAUGUAGCCUACAGAGCUCCUUUCUGUAAUCCCCCAGAUCCAUCUUUCAUUUAGACUGCAGCUAAACACCAAGAACAAUGUCAUCUAUCUUGAGUGGAGCCAAAUCCCUCUAACGCAGUGGUGAGAGUUUAUAGUUCACUAUGGCAGGCAGGCAGGCAGGCAGACAGGUUUUAUUUAUUUAUUUACACUGUUUUGGUUUCUAUAACUGUCCUUCAACUCAUUUUUCUGAUAGGAGAUAUUCUGGACUAUAGUCAAUAUGAGGCAACUUUAGAUUCUGGUCAUGGAUACACCAUGAGAUGACUUCUUCAGACUGCAGGCAAUAAAAACAUAAAUUUUGGUCCCAAAUAUUCAUGCGGAGGUCCCCAAACAUUUCUCUUUGUUGGAGGGCAAAGUUGCAGCUGUGGAAGGAUGAUUGAGUUGCCUUAAACUUCUCAUAAUCCAGCUCUGCAUUGAGAUUUAGUGGUAAUCCAAUUUUGAUAUGUAAACUUUGAAAAAAAAAUCCUUUUCAUGAAGGACAAUCAGUUGUAAUUCAGAAAUAUCAGGAAGGUCACAGGUUGCUCACCUUGUUUCUGUUUUGUUUUGUUGGUUAAUAAUAUUAACUUGUAUCUUGAUUGGGACUUACUUCUAUUCCUGGCUCAUAAGUAUUCAUCUAGAACUCUCCCUCUUCCUCACCUUUUACAAAGCUUAUUAGCAAAAGGCAGAAGUUUGGCAUUUUUAAUAAGUUAUGCCAUACGGAAAGUCCCUGAAUGGGAAAAGCUCAUUUCAUUAUGAUGUAAGGCUUACACCUUAGCAGUAAUGUUUUUGCUCUCUUUUCCAGAUGACAUGUGCUAAAUGGGAUUUUAUAUCCCUAUUCCCUUAUCAAAAUAAAACAAAUGCAUUGAAGCGAAUCAUGAUACUCAGUGUGACCAACUUUGUAACGGUGGUGAUGGUUUGGCAUUUAUAUACUUCCUUUGGCAAAUUGGAAAAAAUCUUUCACUUGUUCGGUGACUGAUCCCUCAAACAGGUUUAUUUAUCUUGCCUUAUAUGCAAGAAUGGAAUUAAGGUUAAAGUAGCCUGUGUGAUAAAUUUCAUUGAAUUCAAUGGGAAAUGCACAGAACCAGCCAGUAGAUUACAAAUCUAGAAAUUCCAAGUUCAGAACUUGCAUCUUCCAUAAAUUAAUUCAGAACACAUAAUCAAAUAAGAUUCCGCAUCACACCCUAUAGCAUGAGGAUCAAAAUUCUCUCUUAGUUUGCAACCUUGGUGAAGGAUUACUGAAAUGUUGAAGUUCGUUCAGUACUGUAAAAGAAUAAUAUCACCACCAUCAUAUUUGGAAUAAAAGUUGAUUAGACUCCCCCCACCUUCAUAAAGCCUCCUAUAUCUGGGCUAUAAUAUUUAUGUAGUGGACUACCUGCAUGGGAGUCUGGAACAUGGUUCAAUGUUACAUGGAAAAUUCUGUCAUUAUUUAAAUUUAUUAUUUAAAUCAUGCAAAUUACACAUUUCAUGUAACCUGUGUGAUGAUGUCAUGAUGUAUAUGAUGACUUUUGUCUCCACUCCAAUGUCCAUGUUUACCUGGGAGUACCCUAGGAAAGCACCUUGACUUCUAUUGAAGAAUGGGAAGGUCUAAAGCAGUGUUUCUCAAACUUGGUAGCUUGAAGAUGGGUGGACUUCAACUCCCAGAAUCCCCCAGCCAGCAGUGCUGACUGGGGGAUUCUGGGAGUUGAAGUCCACCCAUCUUCAACCUUCCAAGAUUGAGAAAUACUGGUCUAAAUGAUGCCAAGAGAAAUAUCAUUGUGUCUAGGUUCAUUUAGUGAGUGUAGACGUGAUAAGAUUUGAAAUGAGUUUUCUAUCUGAAAAUUUCAAAUAUAAGCAAUCUGGGGGCAUUACAAAUAUUAGCAAAGGCUAGUCCUACAAUUUUCCCUUCCAUUGCAACUAAAAGCAAUGGUAGAAAUGAGCAGAGAGAGUAGUGGUCUCCUUUAAACAUUAGACACCUCUGCACUCAUUUUUUUAUAAAAUCUGGGAGUUAUAGUCCAUCUUGUUUUUGAACAAAUGGAGAAAAUUCCACUAUGGCUGUUACCAAGGUUAUUUUGCAGAUAAUCUCUUACUUUCAAAGGUAAUAUAUUAAUGUCAUCAAGUGUAUGUAGACUACCGAUUGUGUGAUAUAUUAAUUUGAAUCAGUGGCCCUCUGGAGAUAGCAGGCCCAUUGUGAAAGAAGUUAAAAGCACCUGAAAUAUAAGUAUAUUGUUGGUUUCUUUCUUUUUUAAAAAAUCCACAAUAAUGGUAAUCCAUGCCAUUUAAAAAAAAUGUUUCAGCUGUAACAAGAAAAAUAAUCCUUCAGUUAUAACAAGGUUGAAAAAUUUAUAACUCUGCAAUAUUGCAGACAAGGACCAAUAUUAAUCAUUAACAAGAACAAAAUGACUUUUAAUGAAUUGCCUGUCUUGGAGUGCACCUAUUUUUCUGAAUAAGCAGAUCCCAUUAUGCUCUCUAAGAUGUAAGUGCUGAAUGCCAACAAAACAUUUUGUUGCAGAUUCAUAAUACCUUUUUUGCCACAAUACAUCUUCCUAUAAAUUGCACUUUUGGCUGCAAUUAAUUUCACAACACAUUUCUAGAUCACUUGUGUUAAUAUAUUAUUUUAAAAUUUGAAUAAAACCAAAUUUUUGCCAUUAUGCCAAUGUCUAUUAUUCUUUCUAUAGCUCCCCACCUUCUGGGUUAAAACAAACAUACAUACAUACAUACAUACAUACAUACAUACAUACAUACAUACAUACAUUUCUUUUAGCCAGGUUUUUCCUACGUAACCAAGAUUUUUCUGCAGCCCUAGCUCAGUGGAGUCACAUCCACUCGAUUCUGGGCUUUUUUCUUCUGGCAGCCAGCAGGUCCUAUGCCGCCUAGUGAGAGACUUAUAUAGAUCUAUUUCUGGCUCAAGCCAGAAAUAGAUCUAUAUAAGUUCCCAACCAUUAAAAUGAUUAUUUGGAGAAAUUCACUGUUUUUAUGAGUGAAAAAGUGAAUGUAUUUUUUAUUGGAAUUAUAAAGGCCAGGGUGUGUUAAAACUUAUACCAGAAAUGCAAACAUUUUAAGGAAGACUUCCAUGUAAUGUCUACUGAACAUGUUAGAUAUACAUUUCAAAAACCUGAGGGAUGAGCUGCUACAAGAUUAUUGCAACAAAAGGCUGACAUGUUGAAACAAACUGUAUCUUCACCAAUUAUAUUUCAGUUGAUUUACUUGAAUGGAAUAUGGUGGGAUUUACUUCUGAGUAAACAUGCAUAGCAUUACAGUAUUAGACUAAUCAGGGCAAACUUUGCUGCUUUUCUAUCUUCCAGAUAUAUAGAACAAAAUAAGAAUUUAGACCACGGUUUUUGAAAGUAUCAUCUUGAGGAAAGCUAUUUCAAGUCAACCAUUAAGAGCUAUCUAGACUAGGAGAUGAAACAUAAAAGAAACCAGGGGCAUGUCAACAGAGAUUUAUCCUGCUAAAGUGUUGGUAUUUCUAGCCUAUUAAAACUCAAGAGCAAAAGCAUAAUUUUUAAACCCAAUUUUCAAUUUUGUAGCCUGGCAGCUUUUAAAAAAAUUGAUUCUGAAAUUAUAUGCUUCAUUUUCAGAAAGAAAAGUAAAACUCUUAUGUAAAGAAAAACUUGAGAUCUUGUUUUCUGAUUUAAUCUCAAACCAGUCCAGAAGAGAAUGCCUUGCCUUCUUCAUCAAUAGUUGAAAGUCAAAGCUAGGACUCUGGAGAAUUUGGUGAUGUAUAUUUAGUAUCUGCUAGAACAGAUAUUGCUGGGCAUUUAUAUAUAUGUCUCUCUCUGUACAAUAAAACUUCAUUGUUACUCAAA